CGCGAGAGCGGUGGCGCGGCCGCGGUAAUGGCGGCCGUGCACAAUGGAGCGGGGCGUUGACGACGGCGGCGACGGCGACAACGGGUGGAAACAGAGGCGGCAACAUGGAGGCCGCCGUGGUGCUGGAGUGCGGGGUCGGUGGCGAUCCGGGCCCUGAGCGGGGAGUGGACGGGCCUCUUGUAGGCCCUGAGGCCGAUGCUGACGCAUUGAGGCUAGUGGAGCCGGACCCGGGCCUUCUGGAGCGCUGCGGCGUGUGUCGAGGCCGUCUACGGGAGCGCCAGCCCCGCCUGCUGCCCUGCCUGCACUCGGUGUGCAAGGGCUGCCUUCACGGCGGGGUCGACGCCAGCGGGAGCCCGCAGGCAGACGGGCUUAUUUGCUGCCCUGUUUGCAGACAACAAUGUUACAUAAGGGAUAUCAUAGAAAACUACUUCCUAAGGGAUACUGGUGAAUUGGACCCUGGCUCGAACAAGAAGGUUAGCCAGGUAUGUACCUGUUGUGAAGACAAUGCUGUGUCCUCCAGUUUUUGUGUCGAGUGUGCUGAGUGGUUGUGUGAUGCCUGUGUAGAGGCUCACCAGAGAGUGAAAUUCACAAAGGACCACACUCUGAGUAAGAAGAAUCCAGGGUUCACAGUAGAUGGAAGGACAAACUGCGAGCGACCGAUCUUCUGCUCCAUUCACAGGCAGGAGACCCUGAAACUGUUCUGUGAGACGUGCGACACAUUAACCUGCCGGGACUGCCAGUUGCUCACCCACAAAGAUCAUCGAUAUCAAUUUCUCGAGGAAGCUAUUAAGAACCAGAAGAUGACGUUGGAAAACCUGGUGAAGAAGCUGACGGAGAAAAAAACUCAGCUGCAAGUGACCACCAAGCAAGUUCGUACUAGGUUAAGAGAUGUUCAGGAUAUGCAGAAGAAGGUCCAGGUGGAGAUCAAGAUGGCAAUCCUGCAGAUCAUGAGAGAGCUAAAUAAACGGGGCAAGACACUCAUCCAGAGAGUGGAGAGGUUGGCGGAGGAGCAACAGCUGAAACUGGAGCAACAACAUCUUUCCAUGUCCAAACUGUACCGGCAGAUGGACCAUGUCUUAAAGUUUGCUUCGUGGGCCGUCAGUACGGAUAACAGCACAGCACUGCUGCUUUGCAAAAAACUGAUCUUCUACCAGUUACAAAGAGGAUUGCAAUCAAAGGUUAACACAGAGGAGUUGAAGAAUGACAUUAUUACAUUUCUCUGGGACUCUGCCUUUUGGACUAAGAAUGCAGCUAAUUUUGGCAAUGUUAUGAUUGAAGUUCCCUCAACGUUGUCAGCACAUAUUUCAGUACAACAUCCGUCGAUGUCUGUCCAUUGCCCCCUGCCCAUCGCACAGCAUCAACCUGCCCCCCAACAUCAGUCCAGUCACUGCCCCCAGCCUGUGGCCCAGCACCAAUCAGCUCCCCAGCACCAACCUGCCCCCCAUCACCAACCUGCCCCCCACCACCAACCUGCCCCCCACCACCAACCUGCCCCCCAGCACCAACCUGCUCCCCAACACCAAUCUGCACCCCACCACCAACCUGCCCCCCAGCACCAAUCUGCACCCCACCACCAACCUGCCCCCCACCACCAACCUGCCCCCCACCACCAACCUGCCCCCCACCACCAAUCUGCUCCCCAACACCAAUCUGCACCCCACCACCAAUCUGCACCCCACCACCAAUCUGCCCCUCAGUAUCAGUCAAGCCACUGCCCCCAGCCUGUGGCCCAACAUCAAUCUGCCUCCCAACACCAAUCUGCCCCCCAACACCAAUCAUCCCCCCACCACCAAUCUGCUCCCCAGUAUCAGUCAAGCCAAUGCCCCCAGCCUGUGGCCCAACACCAAUCUGCUCCCCAGUAUCAGUCGAGCCACUGCUCCCAGACCCUGGCCCAACACCAGUCCAACAAUCGAAUGAUUGCACAGCAAGGAAACUCCUGGCAAAAUCACGUACCUAUGCAGCCCCCCCAUCGCCUUCCACCACCCAAUUACCAGCAGACAGCUCUCCCACCUCCACGCCAGCCACCUCCACCGCAGAGCACGCAGCAGGCCAUCAUCCGUCAGCCUCACACGGCUGCAUCUUGGCCACCUGUGAACAGCCUCUCGCGGAUGCAGCAAGCAGUGCAGCUGGUGAAGCCAACAAGCACAAUGACCAGUGCUAAUGGGAGGUAUCUUCAGCAGAUGCAGGUGCAGGUGGUUCAACAAGGGAGCAUCUUGCCAAUGCAGCAGCAGCAGCAACAGCAACAGCAGCAGCAGCAGCUCAUGGGUCAGGUGCUCUUACUGCCACAAAUGAAUGGAAUACAAGUGCGCCAGCCUCAGGGGCAUACUCAGGGAGCUGCCAAGCAAUCGAUCAGUGGGGGUCAGACAGCGACACUGUACCAGCAAAUGUCCAUGCAUCAGCCUACUGUCGUUAGUAAAUUACCUUCCCCGACACCCCGGCAGCAAUUGUCCUUUGGGCCUAGCACAGCUGGUGGUGUUCAGUCUCCACCAGUGCAGCAAAUAUCAACAUCCACUGGGCUAUCAAACACUCCUGGCAGUCGACCAUCUCCUCCUGUGCAACAAGCACUGAGAUCGAAUACUACUACCAGCCGGCAGUUGCUAACAACUGCUGCACCCCAGCACGCAUACUCCAACAUCCCUGCUGCCGGGCAUAGUACUCCGGUUGGUGCACAUUGCCAUCGGUCUCCAACGUCAAGCCAUCGCCUUGGCAACAGCCCGGUUGACCAACUCAAGAUGUUGGUGCAGCAGGCAACCUCGUACCCCCGUGUCAUACUGCCCCACAGAGAUGGCCCGGCCACUGCCCACCAUUUUGCGCAAGAACAGUAUUUCUGUGCGGGGCCCCCUCUAGUGCCACAGCAGGUUGGUAUAGAUGAUAGCUUACUGUACUCUCUGAUCCUGACCUCCAAUGGAACCUCGCCCUGGUCUGAGGCGGGAGCGGAAGGAUGUGUGAAAGGGCAGCCUACAUGUCACGUUCCUCGUGCAUUCACUGAACCGAGGAGGGGUGUGCCCUUCAAGCUGUCAAAUGCCAGCAGCACCACUGAGCAAGAGGGGCAGGGAAACCCCAUUAAACAGUUGCAGGAAGCUUCAGAGUCCGGAUGUAAUCCUUUGCAGUGUACUCUAGAGCAUGCUGGUGGCAGCUCGGACUUGAACGUUAAACCCAAAUUGAACAUGAAAGUCCCAUAUGUGCGGUUAGAGCGAUUGCAGAUCGAUUUGUCUACUGACACAGAGCUGCCGACCUUCAAGCUGUUACCAGGCAGUGGGCAGGAUGAGUUUAGCCUGAUCAUCAUCGAAGGAGAAGGCUUGCCUCUGAAUCCACCCAUCACGGCACCAACUCUGGAGAGCACCUUGACGCCACCGAACUCCGUCUCUCCCGCAUCGGUGACUGAAAUUGAAUUUGUCUUUAAUGAGAGAACCGAGGUAACAAGCAAGCGCUCCCAUCACGCCCUGAGCCCCACGCCCUCCCCCAGCGAAAAGUCACCUGGAAGUAUUCCAGAUCUCAAGGCGUCCCCGCUGUGCAGCGUGAGUGAGAAGGGCGAGGAACAGGAUGAGGUGCUGUGUGUCGUCUGUGGCAAGGGAGGCGAGCUGUCCUGCUGCAGCCACUGUUUGAAGGUGUUCCAUGUGGGCUGCCACGUCCCAGCCUUGCUCAGCAUGCCCAGUGUUGAAUGGACCUGUUCCUUAUGUGUGGAUUUGGCGACAUCUGAAGUUCAGAGUGAAAGCUCGUCAACAUUAGCAAACAUUGGAAAUGCCACAAAGGAUGGCCUUGGUGCUGUCGAUCAGCAGAAAUGUGAACGCUUGCUGUUGUUGCUUCUGUCUCAUAAGAUGUGCCAGGCCUUUCACAACCCGAGUGGGGCCUCCCAGUUGAAAAGACAGCCGUUAGAUUUGUCUUCUCUGAGAGCAAAACUUGAGAAGACAAGCACUCCCCAUUAUUCAUCCCCUGAUGAGUUUGUGCUUGAGGCUCGGCUGUUGUUUAAGACAUUUGAACUGAGUCAGGAGAAAAAGGAGGUUGCCGAGUCUGUACUGAUGCUCGAGUCAUUCUUUGAGGAAAAGUUGGCGGAUGUCUUCAACGGCAAAACCUUUGGCAGCAGAGCAGCCAAGCAGGGGCUGGAGUCGGGCAGCAUGCACUGUGACCAAACUGACUGCAGGGAUGGCAGCCGCCAUACAGAGCAGGCUGACAGUGGCCCCACGCAGCCAAAGAGGCAACGGCUCGACGAGGGCCAGCCACUGUGAACGGGACACCUGAGCUGCAGCUUUGGUUGGGUGGUUGACAACAGCCCUGAGACUGAUGGUGUUGGAAUGAGGAGAGAUCCCUCUGCUCUGCAGGGGUGAAGAGACUUGUUACCUGUACAAACCUGAGCCUGGGACAGUCCAUGGAAAGGAAUUCCAGAUGUGAAAACCUUUAGUACUGAAUUUAAAUGGAACCGGAGAAGUAGCACGGAGACGUUUUGUUUGCCCCUGGGUUUGUCGGCAGAGGUCGGCACCCGUUGUUUUUUUUAUGUGUAAACUGUAUGUAUUAAAGAAUUCAAUAAUGUGUAAUAUACAUUGUCUGUAUUUCAUGUUGAAAUUCAUACUGGAUCAUAGUAAAACAAGAGCAAAUAAAGUCAUUUUCACUGAGGGAUAAUCCUACAUCGCUCAGUAAUAAAACUAAAAGGUCCAACGGUA